AUGCCGAUAGAACAAGAGCUGCUGUGGAAUGCGAACAUUUCAUUGCGCACGAUGCAUGAGACUGAAUAUCAACUGCACGAUGGAUCUGAAUUAUCGCCCAGGCAUGUGUCGCGAAUCGAGACCCCCAGUGAACAUGGGCACAUUGCGAGCCGCGAAGAACCUCACGAUGUUGGUGAAGUGUACACAAUUGGCGAUGUGACGUUGACUAUUGACCAGGCGAAUCAAUUAAUCGCCAUCCUUACAAUGGACCAGGGUCUCCUACCGCUUGCCUCGCUCAUGGAUGACAUGGUUGCCCAGUUGCGCAAAGCGGAUAUUACGACAAAAGCCCCUUUGGAACUACAGCAUAAUCUAACCAAGAAUGCAGCUAUCGUGCGUUUCGUACCCUGUUGGAGAACGAACCCCUAUCCAUCCUCCUUCCGCAGAGGCAUUUUCAUGAGAAUGGACACAGUGGAGGAAAUCUUCGAUCUACUACAAGAAAGCCUUGGCAAGGGACUCUGA